AGAGCAGCGCAUCAAGCAACAGCUAGUGGUGUGGGCUGUGAACAACAGAGAGAGAGAGAGAGAGAGAGAGAGAUAGAGAGAGAGAGAGCGCGCGAAUCGUCGGCGUGCGUGCGCGUUGGGGGGACCGUCGAGGAUCCCCCAGGAUCGGACAGAAAAGAGUGCGUCUGCUGGUCGCGUGGAGAGUGAGAUGCUCCGCGGUGCGGUCCGCAAGAAGCCCAAAGAGGCCGAACAGCCCUGAGGCUGAUAUUUUGCUGGACUACUAGCCGAGUAUGACUCUGGCCGGAUCAGACCAUUUGCUUGCGGUGGAAACGACUGCGUUUCUGGGUGCCUGCGUUGGCUUCGUGGUAUUAUUACUGGUGGUGGUGUUGUACCUGUCGCGCAAGUGGUACUCCACGCCGCCCGUUACCACAACGACACUCUUCGGCGGUGUCUGCGUGCCACUUGGCGAGUCUAACAACGGCGCGCCACCUCAGAAUCUAGCUAAGAAUUAUCCAUUUCCGGAUCCAGAGACAAGCUCGGAUUCGGAAGAAGACGCUUUACGUCGGUUGAAUUGCCGAAGCCAUCCGCCCCCAGAUACACUGACGAUCCAAGCUGAAGAUGGACUGUCGGUUAUUCCAGAUGCUGGAUCAACCAAUAACAACAACAAUUGUACCGAGGACAACAACAAUGCUACAGAUCAACAACAAUGCAUAGUUGAAGUAGGCUCUCCUACUGUUAUUCUCGAUAACAGGCAAGAGAAUGAACCAACGACAAUCGAUGAGAAUGUCGCCACAACGCCAACUGACACAGUCACCUCGCUCGCGACCUCGACUGAAGAGAUGGCAAGUCUGGAAGUCGCAUUCCUCUAUGAUGCACCUAUGCGAGAGAUGACGGUCCACGUUCUCCAAGGACGUAACUAUCCGUCUGGCAUAAACGGCAGCCAAGUGCGUCUUGUACUACUCCCAUCCAAAAAGCAACGUCGCAAGACCCGAGUACGCCAAGGCAACUCACCACAGUACAUGGAAAGUUUCCUGCUGCCACGAGUCAAUCCAGAGGAUGUGAAUGCCAUGGGCAUACGAGUACGCGUGUAUUUGUGGGGUGGUCGGAUGCGAAGGGAGCGGCUACUUGGCGAAGCUCGUGUCUCCUUUGACAGUAUCAAUUUACGCCUUGAGACUACGCUAUGGCUCACCUUACAACCUCCACCCUCCUCUUCGGCUCAAGAAUGGGGAACGACGGCAAGCUUGACGCGCAGCGACUCGACUGGCUCACAGCAAUCGGUACAAUCGUACGCGUUGCCAACGACCCCACCGUACGGCAGCAGCAUGAAAGGUGGCAGCGUGGCCGAAUUGCUUGUCGGGUUAACGUACAACGGAGUGACCGGCAGAUUAUCCGUGGAGAUAAUCAAGGGCUCGCAUUUCCGUGGUGCUUGCGGCAACGACACCAAGCCACCCGACACGUACGUCAAACUUGCACUCUACGACAGCAAUGGGUAUGAGAUGGGACGAGCUAAAACGAGCCUCAGGCGUGCUCAACCAAAUCCUCUCUACAAAGAGACAUUCAUUUUUCAGGUUGCCUUGUUCCAACUGGGAGAUAUGACACUGUACCUGUCGGUGUACAAUCGUCGGCGCACGGCAAUGGGCAAGAAAGGUCGCGAAUUGGUUGGUUGGUUGUGUUUGGGCCAGAGUUGUUCUGGAGCUGACGAGUUGCAGCACUGGAACGACGUGCGCUCGUAUGCUCAACCAACUCAGGUGCAGCGUUGGCAUUCGCUUCUCAGACCUUGAAAGGCAUUGACCUUGUAAACCUGGAGAAAACAAUUAAUAAAGUCAUUCUCUUUCUCUCGCGCGAGACAAGAUGAGAGUGAGUCAAGUCAACUCAGGCGUUGGAAAUUUACCUCAAAGAGGCCACGCCUAUUAAAAACGCAGUCAACUUUUGCCAAUAACUGCCCGAGAAUCAAGAUCGAUAUAUGUUAAAAAAAUAAAAAAAACACGCAACAGCAAAAAACACAGAAGAAAGGCCCAAGUCAAUAUUGUAACAAGCGGUUUCCUCUUGUGUCUGAUGUCACUUAUAUACAACCAAAAAAAUAAAAAACAAAAAAAAAACAAAAAAAAAAAA